UGUAUUGAUUUGGGUGGAAUUGUGUUUAAUGUUGGUUUUGGUGUGGGGGGUAUGGAGGAAGUAGUUUAAUUUUUUGUAACUGUAAACACAUUAUUGUAUGGCCUUUGAAUUAGUGUUAUAUUUAAACGUGUAGUGUAAAAUAAUAAAUUGUACUGAAUGAGAAAUUAAGGUUAUCCAAGUUUAGACUCCUAAUCAAAUUUUUAUCAAACCAGACUAAGCCUAAGCAUUUAAUACGUAUCAUUUGGAGAAAAAUACAAAAAAAAUGUAUAAGUGCUAGUACAAUUAUUUUCAGGUUAAUAGGAUUAGUACUUUAAUUAUUUCCAUAUAAAUAUUCAUAUUUAGGGUAUAGGUUUAAACUAAGAUGCGAAUACUUUUACUAUACACAAUAGCCUAUAUUGAUAAUGUUGUUAAUGCAAAAUGAAUAAAUGGUACACUAUAUUGGUUUAUUUCAAUUUUCUGAAUUAUUUUGAUCAGUAAGUUUAGUUAAGAAAUUGUGAUUUUAUGACAUUUUCAGGGUUUUUUCCUACUCUAGUGGUGUUUUUAAUCUUUUAUAUAGUCCUAACCCAUUUGAAAAUUAUUAUCGCCUUCCCAGGAAUUGAACCCCUAAACUCUUGGUUCCAUGGCCAUACCUCAUAACCUUAUACUAUGGAAUUGGAUACAGAAGUAUUAUCAGUGACUCUCAUUACUGUGAAGAACAGACUAAUAAAUUCAGAGAACUAUGAGAAUAAGUAAUAUCUACGAUUUAAAGAAAAGCAGAAGAGUAAUUUUUCUCUCAAUAAAAUGAAAUGACACACAUUUCUGUUUGAUAAAGUGCAUCUUACUAAUAUAAUAUCACAUGUAACCAUGAUGCUCGGAAGAAAACAGAGUUUAAAAGGUGACCAGGUCCUUGCUGAUUACGGACCUGAGGAAGCUUUGAAUGAGAGUGCUGAUAUUGAGUGGGUUAAUAAAUUAUGGGUCAGGCGGUUGAUGCGAGCAUGUGCACUUAUCAGUCUACUAUCAGUGAGUCUCAACACGCCCAAGACAUUUGAGCGCUACCCACCGUUACAGUACAUCACAUUCUGUUGUGACCUGGUCAUAACUUUCCUCUUCACAGCUGAGAUGAUUGCCAAGAUGCAUAUAAGAGGGAUAUUGAAGGGUGAAGUCCCAUAUUUGAAAGAUCACUGGUGCCAGUUUGAUGCUAGCAUGGUGUUCUUCCUCUGGAUGUCUGUUAUACUGCAGAUGUUUGAGAUGAUUGGCAUUGUACAAAGAUUCAAUUACCUCUCAAUCUUGCGUUCUCCGAGACCGCUUAUCAUGAUUCGGUUCAUUAGAGUUUUUCUUAAGUUUUCCAUGCCAAAAUCACGUAUCAACCAAAUUUUCAAGCGGUCGAGUCAACAGAUCUACAAUGUGACACUGUUCUUUUUAUUCUUCAUGUCACUUUAUGGUCUUCUCGGAGUUCAAUUUUUCGGUGAACUCAAAAAUCAUUGUGUUCUUAAUACAACAGAUCCAAAGCACAUUACAAUAAACAGCCUUGCUAUCCCGGACACAUUUUGCUCAGUAGAUCCUGACUCUGGAUAUCAAUGUCCAGAAGGCAUGAAGUGUAUGAAGUUGGAGUUGACUCGCUAUGUAAUGGGCUUCAAUGGAUUUGAUGAAUUUGCCACAAGUAUUUUUACUGUGUAUCAAGCAGCAUCACAAGAGGGUUGGGUGUUCAUCAUGUACAGGGCGAUUGACAGUCUCCCUGGGUGGCGGGCGGUGUUCUACUUCAGCACAAUGAUAUUCUUCCUGGCCUGGCUGGUUAAGAAUGUGUUUAUUGCCGUUAUCACUGAAACUUUCAAUGAGAUAAGAGUCCAGUUCCAACAGAUGUGGGGCAUCAGAGGUCACAUGACCAAUAAGAGUGCUUCACAGAUUUUAACUGGAGAUGAUAAUGGCUGGAAGCUUGUCACUUUGGAUGACAACAAAGACAAUGGCUUGGCCCCACCAAUCUGCCAGACUAUCCUUCGGUCUGCAUCGUUUCGGCUUCUCAUGAUGGGUAUUAUCUUGGCCAAUGGGAUUGUAACAGCUACCAUGCAUUUUGAACAUGAUGAGCGGCCACGUCAUAUUUUUUACGAAAAGUACUAUUACAUUGAGGUUGUGUUUACAAUAUUUUUGGACUUGGAAGCACUGUUUAAAAUAUGGUGCCUUGGAUUCAGGGGCUAUUUCAAACACUCUUAUCACAAGUUUGAGCUUCUCUUGACAAUUGGCACAACGCUUCACAUCAUUCCUCAGUGUUAUCUAUCAUGGUUGACUUAUUUUCAGGUUUUGAGGAUAGUACGGUUAAUUAAAGCAUCACCAAUGUUGGAGGAUUUUGUGUAUAAAAUAUUUGGGCCUGGAAAGAAGCUAGGGAGUCUUAUAAUAUUCACAAUGUGUUUACUUAUAAUAUCUUCCAGUAUUUCCAUGCAACUUUUUUGUUUCCUGUGUGAUUUCAACAAAUUUGAGAGUUUUCCAGAGGCCUUUAUGUCCAUGUUUCAAAUUCUUACCCAAGAAGCCUGGGUUGAGGUGAUGGACGAGACAAUGUUGCGCACAAGAGAGACGCUUGCACCUUUGGUGGCUGUGUACUUCAUUUUGUAUCACCUUUUUGUGACACUUAUUGUGUUGAGUUUAUUUGUAGCUGUUAUUUUGGAUAACUUGGAACUUGAUGAAGACAUAAAGAAGCUGAAAACAACUAAAAUUUCGAGAACAAAGUGCUGAGAACAAAGUGCUGAGAUAAAAGAAACUCUACCUUUUCGUUUAAGAGUGUUUGAGAAGUUUCCAGACAGCCCACAGAUGGUGUGCUUGCACAAAAUACCAUCCGACUACAUCCUUCCUAAAGUUAGAGACAGUUUUAUGCGCCAGUUUGUGUUUGAGUUGGGUGAUGAUGAAAAUGAAGGUGUAAAAAAGAUUAUUGAAGUGUUUGAUUCCAAAGUGGUCUAUCGUAAACAAAGGCCAAUCAAGUUGCUGAGUAAUCUGCCCAAGGUUCGGCAUGUGAACACAGACUUAAGGAAGGCUGCUAUCACAUUUAUAAUUAAUGAUUCUAAUAACCAGAGACUGAUGCUGGGAGACUCUGCAGUGAUCCCAGUGCCAGGCAAGAGUCCCCUUAAUCCUCAGGGUACUAUCAGCAGUGCGAAGCAGCUUCGUAUCGACCAGAAAAAGUUUGCCAAUAGGUCGAUACGGCGCAGUGUUCGCAGCGGCUCUAUCAAAUUGAAGCAAACAUACGAGCACCUAAUGGAGAAUGGAGAUAUUGGAGCAAUGAACCGUGUUAGCUCCUCUCGCAGUAGGCCACAUGAUCUGGACAUCAAGCUGUUGCAGGCCAAACGGCAACAAGCAGAAAUGAGAAGGAAUCAGAGAGAGGAAGAUUUAAGGGAGAAUCACCCACUGUUUGAUACUCCCCUGUUUGUGGUGCCGAGAGAGAGCAAGUUCCGCAAGGCCUGUCAGCUGAUGGUGUAUGCUCGCUACGAUGCUAGGCUCAGGGACCCACUCACAGGGAAGGAGCGGAAAGUCAAGUAUAAACGUCUCCACAACUUCUUAAGUCUUGUUACGUACUUGGACUGGGUGAUGAUCUGGAUCACGACUUUGUCAUGCAUCUCCAUGAUGUUUGAGACUCCCAACUUCAGAGUCAUGUCCACACCGAUACUCCAAGUGGCUGAAUACAUCUUUGUUAUAUCGAUGUCUUUGGAGCUUACUCUCAAGAUAUUGGCUGAUGGAAUAUUUUUUACUCCCAAGGCUUAUAUGAAGGACGUAGCAUCGAUUCUUGAUGUUUUUAUUUUUGUAACCAGUUUGGUAUUCUUGUGCUGGAUGCCAAAAAGUGUGCCACCCAACUCUGGGGCUCAGUUGUUGAUGAUACUUCGCUGUGUCCGUCCACUCAGAAUAUUCACUUUGGUUCCCCACAUGCGCAAAGUUGUAGAUGAGCUUUGUCGAGGCUUUAAGGAAAUAUUAUUGGUAUCAAUAUUGCUGAUAGUGUUGAUGUUCGUCUUUGCAAGCUACGGUGUCCAGCUGUUUGGUGGCCGGUUGGCUCGCUGCAACGAUCCCACUAUCACCAAACGGGAAGACUGUGUAGGAGUGUUCAUGCGGAGAGUGUUUGUCACUAAAAUGAAACUUCACCCUGGGAUCAACGAGUCCUAUCCCUCCAUGCUAGUCCCCAGAGUGUGGGCUAAUCCCAGAAGAUUUAACUUCGACAACAUAGGCUAUGCGAUGUUGGCUUUGUUUGAAGUUUUGUCAUUCAAAGGGUGGCUUGACGUCAGAGAUAUUCUCAUCAAGGCCUUGGGUCCUGUACAUGCCAUUUAUAUUCACAUAUACAUUUUCUUGGGGUGCAUGAUAGGACUCACCUUAUUUGUGGGUGUUGUUAUUGCUAACUACUCAGAAAAUAAAGGCACUGCUUUGCUCACUGUGGAUCAGAGGCGUUGGUGUGACUUAAAAAAGAGAUUGAAGAUUGCUCAACCACUCCACCUACCUCCAAGGCCUGAUGGCAAGAAGUUUCGAGCCAAGAUCUAUGACCUCACUCAGAACAUAAGCUUCAAACGAUUCAUUGCUGGUAUGGUCCUGAUAAACAGCAGUCUCCUCUGUGUUUCGUGGCGGGAAGAGGAGAAACACACAGGACCUCUUGCCAUGAUCAGCACUGUCCUCACUCUGGUGUUUGUCGUGGAGGUAGUCAUGAAGAACAUAGCUUUCACUCCCCGUGGUUACUGGCAGUCAAGGCGCAACAGAUAUGACCUUCUAGUCACUGUCUUGGGGGUCAUUUGGAUAUUCAUCAAUUCAACUCUUCAUAACAACUUGUCAUACACGGUUGGAUUUGUUGUAGUUGUUCUACGAUUUUUCACAAUCACAGGGAAACAUGCAACUUUGAAGAUGUUGAUGCUGACUGUGGGUGUCUCAGUGUGCAAAAGUUUCUUCAUCAUAUUCGGCAUGUUCCUUCUAGUAUUUUUCUACGCCCUGGCAGGUUCUAUCCUUUUUGGCACAGUCAAAUAUGGAGAAGGGAUUGGAAGGAGGGCCAACUUUGGUUCACCGGUUACCGGUGUGGCCAUGCUGUUCCGUAUAGUUACCGGGGAGGACUGGAACAAGAUAAUGCAUGACUGUAUGAUACAACCCCCCAACUGCACCCCUGCCAACAACUACUGGGAAUCUGACUGCGGAAACUUCGUGGCCUCCCUCAUCUACUUCUGCUCCUUUUAUGUGAUCAUCACAUACAUUGUCCUCAAUCUGCUUGUGGCUAUCAUUAUGGAGAAUUUUUCUCUUUUCUACUCAAAUGAAGAAGAUGCUUUGCUCUCUUACGCAGAUAUUCGAAAUUUCCAAAAUACUUGGAAUGUAGUCGACAUUCACCAGAGAGGUGUGAUUCCAGUUAGAAGGGUAAGAUUUAUCUUGAGACUGCUACAAGGGAGACUUGAAGUGGACCCACAGAAGGACAGGCUGCUCUUCAAACACAUGUGCUACGAGCUGGAGCGGUUACACAAUGGAGAAGAUGUCACUUUUCAUGAUGUCCUCAAUAUGCUGUCAUAUCGUUCUGUGGAUAUUCGGAAAGCUUUACAACUAGAAGAACUGCUUGCCAGAGAGGAGUUUGAGUACAUAAUUGAAGAAGAAGUGGCCAAACAAACCAUAAGAACCUGGCUUGAAGGUUGCUUGAAAAAAAUAAGAGCUGUCAGUAAGCAGCAAAAUAGUUUAAUCGCUGGACUGAGAGCCACCAAUGAGCUGAUCGCUGGGCCCAUGCAGGACCAUCCUGAGGAGAAGACUAAGGAUACCAGCAUAGACCGGGAAAGCGAGGGAGACGCCAAGGAAGUGGAAGGUCCGAGACACAGAGCUAAGAGUAAACAGAUCCCCAGAUCUGACAGUGUGGGUAGUGGGACAGGCAGAAAACUUCUGGUGCCAACACUGUCAGAUCCAGCCACAAGACCAGACAAAGAACGGACAGCGAACAAGAAGAGAAACAAUAGACCUCAAGGUUCCAACAAGAACCUGCCUCACGUGACAGAAGGAUCUGAAGCUAACCGUUUGUUGCUGCGAGAUAUAUCACUGAACAAGACAAGUGCUCCAAAAGUGCCUAAUGUAAUGUUGGAGGUGUGUGACUGGUGGCAUGAACAGAUCGGCUACAACACUGAUUCUAGUGAUGAAGACACUCUGUGAUUUUAGUACAAUCACCGCAGCUGUCAAUUUUACCUUUUCCUUAGACACUGAAAAAUAGUAAAGCCUGAGUGAGUAAUUUAGUAUAUGCUGACGGUUAUGACCGCAAAGUGAAGUGAUAGCAGAGUGAAUUACAAAACUUACAGUUACAUCAAAUUUUAAAUGCUUGUGUGAAAAAUUUGUUAUAAAUGGGAAUUCAAAAAGAACUUUUCAUUCCAAAAUUUAACUCUAAAAUUCUAAUCUUCAUUUUUAGUUCUAAUUAAGUUUGGAUUGUUUGACAAGUAUUGAUGACGUAUUUUAUUUACAAUGAGGCUAAAUAAUUUCUAUUAGAUUAAAUCCUUUACUCUUUUAAAACAUUGUUUUUAAUAUAUGAAUGUAAAUUCAUGAAUAAUAAUUUUUGUAAUUUAUUUGCUUGUUCUACCACUUUACAAAAACUAUAUUCACCAUUAAACUAUGUAAAGAAUGAAGACAUUUUGAAUUUAAUUGAAUCUUUGUGUAGUAAUGUCAAAGCAAUCCGCACAGUAAAAUCCUACUGUUUACUGAAAUGGUAAAAUUUGUAAAAGAGAAUUGAUUAAUGGACAGCUUUUAACUGACACUUUAAAUCCAAACAGUUACAUCAAAUUCCAAUUUAUGAGUUCCAAUACCUGUGUACUAGUUUAUAUGAAGAGUAGAGUGUUAAAAUCAGUAUCAGAAUGCAGAACAAAAUGUCAAACAAUGGUAGUGGUGGCGUUCACAAAUUGAGUCUGGAAUGGAGAGGGUUUGAUCCAUGUGAAAAUAUAUAGGUGACGUUUGGUUAUUAAAAUGAUUGCAAAGCUAAUCUUCAUAAUAGGCUUUUACUACAUGAAUUUUUUAUGGCUCUUUUUCAAACCAAUCCAAACCUUGGGGGAGGAACUGGCACCUGGCGGAGAACUACCUUAUAUAGUGUGGAAGACACUAAAUAGAAUGAGGGUAGAAAUACCAAAUUGCAAGACAAACUUGUGGAGAUGAGAUCUCCUGCCUAAGGAUGAGAGCACUCUGUGCAGUGUGGUGCUGUCUAAGAUGCUGGCCACCUGUUGGUUUGACCAUGGCUGGGCCAGCUUUGCAACGUGAAAGAAGACCUUUUAGAGGCAAAUGAUAAAGCUGUCUUAGUGGCUAAUUUUUGAAGACAGAAGAUUAGAUUCGGAAACGUAAAGCAAGUAUGGCUGCAUUUUCCAUGAGGUAAAUUUAAGAGAUUGUAGUAAAUAUUCCUAUGAGUGUGAGUUAUAUAAGAAUACAUUUAAGCUGCAAUGUGUGAAAUCCAAGCAUUAUAUAGAAUACCUAGGUAUUCUAUUAACUGGUAAUUUUGAGCAAAGUAUGAAAUCAAGUAAUUUUCGUACAGUUCUACAUGCUUUGAAUUGGUAUUUUAUAAAACGUCAAAUGUUUUUCGGGUAAAAUGUAUUAUUGUUAAACUGAAAAUUAAUGAUUUAUAAUAUAAGAGAUUGUAUAAUAAACAUGCUCUAAUCUGCUAGAACUUAAACUAACCUAACUUAGUUUCACAUAUUACCAGUAUCAUUUAAAUAGUAUUUAUCAUAAACAUUUCAUAAAAUUACAAGAUUGCCUUAGAUUAAUACUAUUGAAGCAUUCUAAUUGUCUGUCUGAAACUCGAAAAUUGUGAGUUUUAAAAUAGUUUUAUGAAUUAACUAUUAAGUUUAUGGACCUUGUUGACUUUAAAAAGAUGUUUUAUUUAGUUGUUAUAGUAAGCAGCUUCAGUAUUAAUUCAGCUUGUAGAGUUGGCCUCAAUAAUUGUAAUUUAAUACACUUUUAGUUUACAAAAUCAUAGUUUUCCACUGAUUUUUUAAUUGAUAGUUUGGUUUUAAAAUUCUGUUACAUAGUUAAACUGAAAAAUAUAUGAACAAUCUAAAAAUACAAAAUGUUAUAUGCAUAUGCGUGGUGUGUAGGUCAAAGACUUACACUAGCAAUAGACAAGUUCAAAAGUUUGCCUGUAAACAAGACUCUUCAACUUGUAAUACAAGUUAUACUCAACCUUUACUCUGCUUAUAAACUUCUAGCACAGGAGUGUCUAAGAUAGUAUUGGAUUGAAAAAGGCCAAGAAAAGAGAUAACUCUUUUUUAAUUAAAGUAUUAAAUACAAUAAUUGAAAUCUGUGAAAUUGUUGUAUAAAAAUUAUUUAUUUUAGAACAGUUUAAUUGCAAAAUCCAUUAUCAUAACUAACUCAUCAAUGUGCAUUGUAAAUGUUCACUACCAAAUACCAAUCUGCGUUCAUUUUUUCCCAAGAGUAUAUUUUUAUGUUGUGAUUGAUGUGUAAGCCAUCUAGAAAUACAAAUUUAAGAUCAUUAAGUUUUUAAUUAAGUAACCACUGCUUAGCUGUACCUUACAUAGAUUAGGGAAACAAAUGUGAUUAAAUCAGUAUUAAAUUAAUUGUUUGUACCUGCACAAAUUGUUUACACAAGUUGAUUUUGAAAGAGAUAUUUUUUGUAAUAAUGAGUCCACAUGUAUUCUAAUGUUGUUGUUACUGUUAAUGUUGUCCACACUGGAAUAAUUAAAUAGUGUAAACAAGAAUGAA